AUGCCUAUUAAGUGUGAUGACACUCAUUUUGAAAUCAAGUGCUAUGAUGGGUCUCAGUUCAAUGUUGACUUGGAGAAAAGAAGCUGCACUUGCAGGGUUUGGGACUUAUCAGGAAUCCCAUGUAAGCAUGCUGGUAGUGCUAUUUUAGCACAAAAAUGGGAUCCAGUUGACUUUGUCUCUGAUUGGUACUCUGCACAAUUGUACAAGAAGGUGUAUGGUGGUGCAAUUUUUGGAACAAAUAGUGUAUCUCAGUGGACUCAGACUCUUUUCAUUCCACCUUUGCCUCCUAACUUUGGGAGGGGUGCUGGGAGGCCAUCAAAAGCCAGAAAGAGGGGUCCUGAAGAGCCCAAGAAGAAGAAGUCAAAGAAUUCAGUUAAGAUGUUCAAGCAAGGCUGGAAAGUUACUUGCAAGAAAUGCGGGCUGACUGGUCAUAAUACGAGGUCAUGUGAUAGAAGAAAAAAGCAAGGUGGCCAAGUUGACAGCAUUCUUCAAAGAAAAAGAGCAAGAUCUUCUAAUAGACAGAAUAAUGCAAACACUAGCCAAUCUAGUACUAGUGUUGACAGACCAACUAUGUUGCCACCAAACACAGAGGAAGGGUCUACAUACUCCAAUGAAGAAUUGCAGUUCAGAGGACCAAAUUGUCCUGAGUACCAAAUUCCCAUAGUACCAUCUAAAGCAGGACCAAGCCCCUUUGAACAACUUCAACAUGCAUUAGGUUAUAAGCAUUCUGGUGGCAAAAGAAACUAG